GCAAUCGUUUGUCCCUCGUUUAACAAAUUCAGGAUUGCAAACAUUCUCAGCUCCAAAGAAGGAAUUAGUGUUUACUUUAGAUGAAGGACAAAAAUUCAUUGUACAACAACAGUUAAUUUACUAA